ACACUACAUUAUUUUCAAGAUAUUUCUCCACUUCGAGAGCAAGUAUGCAACUGUUACGUGUUAGGGAAGCUAUCAACAUGGCUCUGGAUGAGGAAUUGAAAAGAGACGAUCGAGUUAUCAUUCUAGGAGAGGAAGUCGCUCAAUAUGAUGGAGCUUACAAAGUAACCGAUGGACUCUUGAAGAAGUAUACAAGUAAGCGAGUUAUUGACACUCCAAUUACUGAACAAGGUUUCGCAGGAAUUGCCAUUGGAGCUGCCUUAGCUGGGCUUCGGCCUGUCUGUGAGUUUAUGACAUUCAACUUCUCAAUGCAGGCUAUCGACCAGGUUAUAAAUUCUGCAGCCAAGACUUUUUACAUGUCUGCUGGCCUUUUCAAUGUGCCCAUUGUAUUCCGUGGACCGAACGGUGCCGCUUUGGGUGUGGCUGCGCAACACUCUCAGUGUUUCGGAGCAUGGUACAGUCAUUGUCCAGGGCUCAAAGUAAUAUCUCCGUAUAGCUCCGAGGAUUUUAAAGGUCUCUUAAAAGCAGCCAUUAGGGACCCCGAUCCAGUUAUAUUUUUAGAAAAUGAAAUUCUCUAUGGCUCUGAGUUUGUAAUGUCCAAAGAGGCGCUUUCCGAAGACUUUGUGCUGCCGAUUGGUAAAGCAAAAAUAGAACGUAGGGGAAAACACAUUACAAUCGUGGCUCACUCAAAAGCUGUUGACACAUCGUUGAAUGCAGCUAAGAUCCUGGCUCGACAAGGUGUAGAAGCAGAAGUGAUCAGUCUUAGAACUUUGCGACCUCUGGACAUUGACACAGUGGGAAAAUCUGUAAUGAAGACAAACCAUUUGAUAUCAGUUGAGGAAGGAUGGCCGCAAUGUGGCAUUGGCUCGGAGAUAUGCGCAAGAAUCAUGGAGAAUGAAGUUUUCUUCCAUCUAGACUCGCCGGUGGUUAGAGUAACUGGAGCAGAUGUUCCCAUGCCAUAUGCAAAAAGUCUCGAGCGAGCCUCACUACCUCAGCCAAAUGAUGUAGUUGCUGCUGCAAAAAAAGUGCUUGGUGUAAAAUAAUUCUGUCGACAGUCUCCUUUUAGUAAGACAAAACAUAAACAAUCAAGUAACUAUGUUUUGUGCUAUUUUUAGGACGCACUUUUUAAUUGUGGUAGAACUAU